AGUGUCUCAGUGAGGAACUGGGGUGCAGGAGUGGGUGAAGAGAGCUCAGAGACCAUCACCCCCUAACGGAACCAAGCCAAUCUCCAUGUAAAACCCCCCUUGCUCUUCAUGGGACAAGGCUGCCGGACAGGAAUUGGUAUCUGACAUUCCAGGGAGAAGCAGGGCUUGCAGCUGAGACUCGCACAGUGUCUAGAAAUGAUUAAAUUGCUACUUCUCUUGGCUUUCGCAGGUGCCUCAUCCAAACUCUCCAUAGUCCCCCAUGUGGCCCAGGUCCGUGCCAGCUGCAAUGCCACAGCCCUGCUGCCCAUCUCCAUCUGCUCCCUGGACCCGGCUUGGGAAUACUUCUACAUCUCGUGGGACUUUGCCUCACGGAACCGCCCCAUUCUGGUGUUCAUAGUGGAUCAGUGCCAGGGGGCUGCCCACCGAUGGUGGGAGCCCCCCUGCCAGCUCUUGCUUGACGUGGCAAGAGAGUACAAGCAGCGGGCAGACGUGACCCCGCAGAACGGCUCCCUGGUGCUGCAGGGCCUGCGGAAUGAAGACACCGGCACCUACCGGGUAACAGUGAAGGGCCCCAAUGGAGAGACCUCUGCAGACGUGAACCUGACAGUGACAGAUGUUGCAGCAGGAGCAGCGUGGGAAGGACUCAGUGUUGGCAACUCCGUCCGGCUUGGCUUCAGUGGCCUGGUUCUCUGUCUCCUGGGGCUGAUAGUAGCAGAGUUUGUAUCCAGUUACCAGCACACACUGAGACACCAGGACAUGCAUGAGCAUUCACUCAGGAAGGAACCCCUUCAUCCUGGCCCCCUUCCUCACAUGUUUGAUGGGGGAUGCUGCAGUGAGCCAGUACUGUAAGAGAGGGAGUGAUUCCCUGCUGACCCACUCAGGGGUGAAGUUUCCAGCAUAAACAUUGACUGCCUCCUUAGUUUGGCUUGAUCACAACUGUAAAUAGCACCCCCAGUUAUAAACCCAGGCCCUGCUUAAAAAAUCUAACUGGCUGGUUCACACAACAGUGAGUUCCAUGUCUACCUUCAAGAAAUGCUGUUUCCAGGCAGUAGUUUAAGAGGAGGCCAAUGCCAAGUGCUUUUGAAAACACUACGCUAAGGCCUUGUGUUGACUAGGAUAUAAGGUGUGAUGUUCGCUAACUAGCACAUGCUAGUAGCCCUGUGUAGACAUGCCAAUGUGCCUUUUACAGGUGUGACAACAGUUGAAUUAAAACUUCUUUGCACAGGAUCGUUCCCCGAGUAUAAGCUAAGGUGUGAGUUUAAACC